AUGGAUGAUGAAGAAGGUGUGGCAAUUAUUGGUUUAGGAUUUAGAUUACCAACAAGUUGUACUAAUGAUAAUGCUGAUGGUGAAUAUAAUUUAAAAUAUACACCAAAUUCCUUUUGGAAUAGUUUAAUGAAUAAAUUUGAUGGCAUAGUUAGUAUUAAUGAAAGAUGGAGUGAAAAUUAUAAUAAACUAGGUGAAAUCAGUAAUAACUAUGCAGGUUUAAUACCACUAGAUGAAUGGAAAUCAUUUGAUCCAUUGUUUUUCGGUAUUAAUCCAUCAGAAGUAGCAACAAUUGAUCCACAACAAAGAGUAUUGUUAAAGUGUACUUGGGAAGCAUUAGAAGAUGCAAUGAUUGAUCCAAUUAAAUUACGUGGUUCAAAUACUUCUGUAUUCAUUGGUAGUUCAGCCACUGAUUAUCAAAACAUCAAUAUUGAUAAUGAUGAAGUUUAUCCAAAUAUAUUUGGGGUUAGUACAUACUCUAUUGCAAGUAGAAUUUCAUAUUGUUUUAAUUUCAAUGGUCAAUCAGUUACAAUAGAUACUGCAUGUUCGUCAUCAUUGAAUGCUAUUCAAUUAGGUUGUACUUCAAUUCAAAAUGGUACUUCAAAUGUAUCAAUUGCUGGUGGUGUUAAUUUAAUAUUAAAUCCAAACAUUUCAAAAUCAUUUGCAUAUUUAAAUGUUUUAAGUAAAACUGGCAGAUGUAAAGUAUUUGAUGAGUCAGCUGAUGGAUUUGUUCGUUCAGAAGGUGCAGGUGUUGUUGUAUUGAAAAAUUUAAAACAAGCAAUCAAAGAUGGUAAUAAUAUUUAUUGUAUUAUCAAAGGUUCAAGUUCAAAUGUUGAUGGUAAUGGUUUAUCUGAUAAAUCAAAUUUCUAUUCGCCAUCAUCUCAAUCACAAGCAGAUAAUAUUAAAUUAGCAUUAAAAUCAACCAAUGGUAGUGUUAAUGCAUCUGAUAUUGAUUAUGUCGAAGCACAUGGUACUGGUACACCAACUGGUGAUCCAAUUGAAUUAAAAGGUAUUUCAAUGGUAUUCAAAGAUCACAGACCACAUUCAAAUGCUCCAUUACUAGUUGGAUCAAUUAAAUCAAAUAUUGGUCAUUGUGAAUCAGCAUCAGGUGUUGCCUCAUUAAUUAAAUGUUGUUUAAUGUUUAAACAUCAAUGUUUUGCACCUAACAUCCACUUUAACAAACCAACACCAUUAAUUAAUUUUGAAGAAAGUAAAAUAAAAGUUGUAACUGAUCCAAUUCCAUUUAAUCCAAAUAAAAAAGUAUCAAUUGCCAUUAGUAAUUUCGGUAUUACUGGCUCAAAUUGUUGUUUAAUUUUAUCACAAUAUAAGCCACAGGCACCACAACAUAUCCUUAACCAAUCAAAUAAAACAAAAAAAAUAUAUCAUCAACAAUAUAUAAAAUCAUAUGAUAGAGAAUUAGAAUCACCAAUCAAAAGAGGUGCAAAAAUUUCUAAUUCUGAAAAUAUUUGUCAAGAUAGAUUAUUUCAUCAACAGAUUGAUGAAAAAGUUCAAUAUUUACCACCGAUUACUUCAAAACUAUUAAUACCAUUUUCAGCCAAUUCAGUUAAAUCAUUAAACCAAUAUAAAUCAAUUAUAGAAUCCAAAUGUAAUGAUUUAAAGUUUAGUGACUUUGCUCACCUUCAAAUUCUAAAUAAACCAACAUCUCUUUAUCAAAGAUCUGUAAUUUUUGCAAGUAAUUGGAAUGAAUUUAAAGAAAAUUCAAAUAUAAUCAAAUCAUCAAAUACCAAAUCAUCUAAUAUGAUGUUAUCAGCAGAUAUAAAGAAAAUAAUUACAGUAUUUGUAUUUUGUGGUCAAAGUUCGCAAUAUAAUACAAUGGCAUUGGAGUUAUAUAAUAAUAAUGAAAUAUUCAAACAAUCAAUGGAUUUAUUAGAUUGUGAACUUUCAAAAUAUUAUGGAUAUUCAGUAUUGGAUAAAUUAAGAUCAAUCAAAGAUGAUGAUAUUAUUUCAAUCCAUGAUCCAACUUAUGCACAGCCAGCCAUUUGUAUGGUUCAAGCAUCAUUGGUACAAUUAUAUAAGCAUUGGGGUAUUGAACCAUCAUUUUUAGUUGGCCAUAGUUUAGGUGAGGUUACAGCAUCAUACUGUUCAGGUAUGAUUGAUUUAGAUACUUUCUGUUAUGUUGUUUAUCAUAGAUCAGUAUUACAAUCAAGUACUAGUGGUUGCGGUAAAAUGUUAUCAAUCAGUAUCAGUUCAGAUGAAUUCAUUUCAAAUUACUCAUCUAGUUAUCAAACAAUCGAAAUUGCAUGUUAUAAUUCACCAACAUCAAUAGUUGUUGCAGGUAAUGAAGAUCAAUUAUUAAAUUUAUCAAAAGAAUUAAAAGAAAAGGGAAUAUUUACAGCAAUGUUAGGUUCAUUAUCAUCAUUUCAUACCAGUAGUCAAAUGAUGAUUAAAGAUAAAGUUUUAAAUUUAAAUUUUGAAUCUAAACCACCAUCAAUACCAUCAUUUUCAACAACAACAUCAAAUUUAUAUGAUGAAAAUACAAGAUUUACAGCAGAACAUUCAUUUCAAAAUAUUUUAAAUCCAGUUUAUUUUACACAAACUAUCACAAACCUUUAUAAUCAUAUUGAAAGUAAUCAAUUGGGUAAUGAAAUUGUAUUUAUUGAAAUUGCACCACAUCCAACAUUAUCAUUUUAUUUAAAACAAAUGGUACCAAAAAAGAGUAGCACAACAUCAAAUUACUUUAAAGAUGGUGAAUUUAUAUCAAUUUAUUCACCUUUGCACAAGAAAAAGAAUGAUUCUCUUGAAAUUAAUCAACUGAUUUCGAACUUAUAUUGUCAAAAUAGAUAUAAUAUUAAUUUUAAAUGUCAAAUAUCAAAUGAUGUAGAUUUUUCAACUGCAGAAGAACCAAUAUUCUACCAUGGUUUAAUAACACCACCUGGGCCAUCAAAGAAAUUAAAUGUUUUUCAAUUACCUCUUUAUCAAUGGGAUGAUCAAAAAUAUUGGAAAUCUAGUUUUAUUCAUCAAAAUAAGAUAUCAAAUGGACCACCAAUUGAUCAUUUAGGUAUUAUUAAUGAAUAUUCACCAAAUAUCAAAUCAUAUGAAACAUAUAUUAAUAUCAGUAGAGAUCCACUAAAAUGGUUGAAGGGACAUAUGAUUAAAAAUAAAUACUACUUUCCAGGUUGUGGUUACAUUGAUAAUAUAUUAAAGAUUUAUCCAAAACAAGAUUUAACAAUUGAUUAUCUCGAAUUCAAAUUACCAUUGAUUUUAAUUGAUGGUGUUAAUCAAUAUUUACAAACUAAUAUAUCACAAACUGGAAAAAAAGAUUACAAAGUCCAAUUCCAUUUCAAAGAUAACAAAACAAAUCAAUGGGUUAAUAGUUCAAAUGGAAACAUUCAGUUGUUAAGUCAUGAUACCAUGAAUGAUGAUAAUAUAUGGAUAGAUUUAGAAAGUAUAAAAAAUCAAUGUAACUUAACUAAAUUAUCAAAGAAUGAACUAUAUCAAUAUAUUAAAAUGAAAACUGGAUUAUCAUACACUGGUUAUUUUCAAGGAGUAGAACAAGUUUAUUUAGGUGAUGAUUGUUCAUUAUCAAUUGUAUCAACUAAACAACCAAACGAAAAUUCAACUUCAUUUUUCCACACAUCAAUUUUAGAUUGUUGUUUACAUGGUAUGAUUGGAUUAAUUGAUGAAAAAUGUCAACUUAUUUUUGAAAAGAUCGAAACAUUAAAAUAUUAUUCAUCAAAUGUACCAACUAUCGCCAAAAGCAGUAAUGAGUGUAUUUCUGUAUAUUCUAAAAUUAACUCAAGAAUGGAUAAUUCAUUUUCAGCAUCGAUUACAGUUUGUUUAAUGGAUGGAACAGUAUUAUUAGAAAUUGAAAAUGUUGUUUGUAAAUCAUUAACACCUGUUAAAGAUUCAUUAUCAAUUGAAUAUCCAAACAAUGAAUUAUUUACACCAUAUCUUCAAUCUAUAGAAUCAUUAAUACCAUCACCAUUAUCUACGCAAUUUAAACCUCUUUAUAAAAAAAAUGAAACCAUUUCAAAACAACUUCAAGUCACAAGCAAUAAAAUAUUUCAACAAUUUAUUCCAAGAUUAUUACUAUCAUAUAUAAAUAGUAAACAUAAGGAAAUUACGUUACAGUUAAUCAAAUCGUUAACUAUUGACCAAUUGAAACAAAAAUAUUGUACAAACAAUAUUAAAUACGAAAGAUUAUUUGUAUUUGUAUUUGAAUCAAUUAAACUAUACAUUGAUGAUUGUAAUGAAGAUAUCAAUACAACUAUGAAAUUAUUAAAAAAUCAAUGGAAUGGAUCAAAUGUUGAUAAUUAUUUAUUUUUAACAAAAUCUACCAGAAUUAUAUCAAAACUAUUAUUCCCAUUAGUAAAUGAAGAUACAAGUAUCGAUACUCCUCAAUCACUAUUUGAGGAUGGUUUGAUGGAUGAAUUUUAUAAACAUCCUAGUCUAUUAUACCAAAAUGAAUUAGUUGGUGAUAUUAUUAUAGAAUGUAUUAAACCAAUAAUUAAUGAAAAGAUGGUAUUCAGAAUAUUAGAAUUUGGUGGUGGUACAUGUUCAUUGUCAAUACCGGUAUCGGAAAGGAUUAAUAAAUUACUUGAAGAAUACCCAUCUCAUGAAAUUGAUAUUGAAUAUACAUGGAGUGAUGUUUCAACUUCAUUUAUUCCAGAUGCAAAAAAUAAACUAUCAAAAAUAUUCAAAAACACCAAUAUCAGUAUCAAUAUCAUUUAUAAAGCACUCGACCUUGAACAAUCAUUAAUUGGUAGUGAUAAACUAUUAUUCGCAUCCCAUUAUGAUAUCGUUAUAAUGUCAAAUGUAUUACAUGUUGUAAAAGAUGUUAAAUUUGCUUUAAAACAACUAUAUGAUUUAUUAUUACCAAAUGGCCAUUUAUUAUUUACUGAACCAAUACACAAAUCAAUACUCAAUGAUAGUAUUUUUGGUGUAUUUGAUCAAUGGUGGGCUUUCACUGAUACUGAUAUUAGAAAAGAUAGAUGUACAAUGGAUCAAGAUUCUUGGAGAAAUUUAUUAACUCACUUUAAUUUUCAAAAUAUUGAAAUGACAAUUGAAAUACCUGAUAAAUCAAAGUGUUAUUUAAUUCAAGCACAGAAACCAUCAUUAGAUAGUAUUAUUCAAAUUUCAAAAAAAUCAAACUUCACUUCGGAUCAUAAUGAAAAAAAUAAUUUAAUUUUUUAUAAAAAUUCCAAUAGUAAUAGUUUAGAAAAUGAAUUUAUUCAAAAAACAAUCAAUAAUACAAAUAUAAAAACAAAGAUAUAUCAAGUUUCAAAUAUUCAAGAUUUCAAUAAUUUAAUAAAAUCACCAAGUGGUGUUAAUAACCAAUCUAUCAUUUAUUUCACAAAAUCAUUAGAUCUAUUGAAUUCAGAAAAUUUUAAACCAAUUACAUUAGAAUAUAUUCAAAUUAAUCAAACAUUAUUAGAAUACAAACUAAAUGGUUGUAAACAUAUAUUAUUAUCAUCAGAUUCAACAGGUAUUAAUUAUUUGGCAUCAUCAAUUAUUGGUUCAUUUAGAUAUUUUUGUGAUUUCCCUCAAUUAAAACUAUACUCUAUAUCAUUGGAAUCAAUUUCAAAGAAAUUAAAUAAUAGUUUUCCAAUGGUAUUACAAUAUUUAAUUAAUGACGAUCCAAUCAAAAACACUAUUCAAAAAGAAUUUAUAUUCAAAAAUAAUAAAGUAUAUUAUGAAAGAUAUAAACAAGAAUUAAAAUUAAAGAAUUCAUUCAAAUCAUCAUCUUUUGAAGUAGGAAAUAGUACUAGUGGUAUUAAUAAUGAUAGUGUAUUUGCAAUAUUAACACAAAAUUUAGAGUAUCAAUUAGAAUCAAAACAAUUGAAGUUGGAUGAUAAUGAAAUUGAAGUUAAAAUAAUGGCAGGUGGUAUUAGUUAUAAAGAUUAUUUAGUAUAUGCAGGUUUAAUACCACCAUUACGUACUUUCAAUAGAAGGAAUGAUGCUAAUAAACCAAAUAUUGGUGAUUGUUUUUCAGGUAUAGUAACAAGAGUUGGUGGUAGUGGUGGUUCAGAUAUACAAUUUAAAAUUGGAGAUCAAGUUUAUGGUAUUGGUUUUAAUACAAUUGCUUCACAUGUUGUUGUAAAUAAAAAACAUGUAUAUUAUAAACCAUCAAAUAUUACUCAUUGUGAAGCUGCAUCAAUACCAUCAGUUUAUUUAACAAAUCUUUAUAGUUUUUUCAGUGUUGGUGAUUUAGAUAUUGAAAUGAAAGAAAGUAUAUUAAUUCAUUCGGCUGCGGGUGGUGUUGGUUUAUCAGCAUUGGAAAUAUUAAAAUGGAAAGGUCAUAAAGGACCAAUAUUUGCAACUGUUGGUUCCAAAGAAAAAGAAAAAUAUCUUUUAAAUAAUUAUGGUGAUAUUAUAACUGCGGUUUAUUCAUCAAAUAAUAGAAACUAUUCUGAUAAAAUUAAACAAAAAUUAAAAGAAAUUGGAUGGAAAAACCAAGAUGGUGUUGAUUUAAUUUUAAAUACUUUAUCAAGUGAGUUUAUGGAUGCAAAUUUUAAAUGUUUAACAACCAAAGGUAGAAUUGUAGAUUUAUCUAUCACUCAUUUAAAUUAUAAUGAAUACACUUGUAACAAUAAAUUCAAAUACAACAAGGGUUAUCACAAUAUUGAAUUAAUGUUUGUUUCUGGAUCAACCAUUUCAAAACUAUUAAAAAAGACAACAGAAGCAAUUGAAAAUGGAAAGUUAAAAUUAAUUCCAAUAAUAGAAUUUUCAAACUCAAAUAUAAAAGAAUCAAUUGAAUUUAUUAAUAAACGUAAAUAUAUUGGUAAAAUUGUAAUAAACCAUCAAGAUACUGAUAUCAUAAAAGAAUUACUUUCAAAACAAUCAUCUUUAUCAAACUUUUCAAUUUUAAAAUCAAAUUAUGAAAUCAACAAUUUAGGUAGAAAUAUUAUAAUAACAGGCCAAUCAGGUAUUGCAUUAGAAAUAUUAAAGUGGAUUGUAACAUUUGGAUCACAUUGUGUUGAUAAUAUAAUAAUACUUUCAAAAUCAUCAUUAAAAUGGGAAUUAGAAUUAUUAAUAAACAAAACAACAAAUUUAAUAAAUAAUAAAAUCAAAUUCCAUUUCAAGAGUGUUGAUGUUUCCAAUACAGAACUAAUGAAUAAUGCAAUCGAUGAAAUAUUAUCAAUUGAUCCAUCAAUUAAUAAUAUUGAUUCAAUAUUACAUUAUGCAUUCACUCAAAUUGAUUGUAAAGUUAAUGAAAUUGAUAUUCAUCAUUUAAAUGUAUCACAUGGUGCUAAAACAAUGGGUGCAAUUAAUCUUCAUAAUCAAUCAAUUAAACGAGAAUGGAAACUAUUAAACUUUAUUAUGGCUUCAUCAACUGCAUCUGUUUUAGGUUCAGAAGAUCAAUGUAGUUAUGUAAGUGCAUGUAAUGUAUUAGAUAAUUUAUCAAAAUAUCGUAUAUCACUUGGAUUACCUUCAAUCUGUGUAAACUAUGGUUAUAUUGAAUCGACCGGCUUCGUUGCAAAAAAUGAUUCAGUUGCUGCAAUUUUGGUGGAUCGUGAAGGUAUAGAACCAAUUUCAACUAAUAAAAUUUUAGGGUCUUUAGAUUUACAAAUUCAAAAUCAAAAUCAAUCUACAAAUUUAGUAUUUUGUAAUUUUAAUUUCAAAAAUAUCAAAAACAAUAACAAUUUUAAAUUCAAUGAUCAAUUAUUUUUAAAAUUUGAUUAUCAAAUUAAUUCAGUUAUAUCAGAUCACAACAACAUUGUUAAAAAUGAUCUAACAGAUAGAAAUUCAAAAAUCAGUGAUAUAUUUUUAAACAAGAUCUCGGAAUUAUUAUCAACUGAAACAUCAAAAAUCUAUACAGGAGGUAAAUUAUUAGAUUAUGGAGCAGAUUCAUUAUUUGUUGUACAAUUAAAGAAUUGGAUUGAUAAAAACAUUUCCCCAAAUUUAAUUUCAAUUAAACAACUUCAAAGCAAUUCAAUAGAUGAAUCAAUUCAAACUAUUACCACUCAUUCAAUUUGUAAAUAA